CAGGAGAGAAGAAGAAAGGUUUGUUUUCCUUGCGGAGCUUGCUCGACUUGAAUAAAUGAUCAAACCGCGGCCUCGCUGUCUCUAAUAAUAACAAAAGGGGCGAUUUUUGCAGCGCGUACGAGCGCACACUGACCCGUAAGAGACCGCUGCGGGAAGCUGGGGGAACUUAAGUACGCCUGCGCAUUCCGAGGAGCAUAUCGAGCCGCCCUUCCUCCCCGCCAGCUUGCACCGCAGGGUCGAGCGGACGUCGACUCACAACGACCCCGUGUUGGGUUUUCUCGCUCGAUUUAAAACUUUCCAGAGCGAUAUGGAGAGCCCGCAUCGCACUGAAAACGACGCUCCUCUGCUGCUGCCGUCCCUCCGCCUCUUCAUCCCGCCGCUGCGCCUGGCGUCCGCCGCCAUGUGGCACGUGGUGCAGCGCGGCACCGUGCACGACUACGGCCUGGUGGAGGAGUUCAUCAGCACCGUCACCGACAUCGUGCCCGAGCUGCUGAGCCCCGACCACAAAGCUCAGCUGCUGCUGGGACUCCGAGCUCGAGUGGUUCUGGAGCUGUGCCGCUCGGCACCCGUCCAGGAGGCGGAGGCCAUCGAGGCCCACCUGGAGCGGAUCAAGAGCCUGAUUUCCACCUGGGCGGCUCAGCCGUGUUUCGCCGAUGUCGACUUUCCAGAAUCCAACUUCACCGAUCAGGUGGAGCUGCUGCUGAAGGACCCCGAGGAGAAGGAGAAGUUCUUCCAGGACGUUUUCCCCACAGACUUCGGACCCGACUAUGACGGCGCUCUGCAGGUCCUGAUGUUGGACUUCCUGUCCAGACUGGAGAAGCUCUUUCCUGUUCCGGACAUUCAGCAGACGGCGUCCAUGCUGAGCGCCGUUCCCGCCGCGCUGGAGGAGUGCGCUCACUCGGUGCCCGACCCGCAGCACCUGCGGACGGUGCUGCAGUAUCACACCACGCUGGGACACUUCGACUUCUUCGACGAAACCCAGAGCGUCCCGCCGUCCUUCGGGAACUGCAUCCUGUCCUCGCUGUCGCUGCCCCAGCUGGAGAAGGUGGUCAUCGACCCGGACCACCUGCAGCAGCUGCAGCCCGGCGCCGAGCAGAUCCAGGGCUGCGUGACGGUGCAGCUGGAGGGCGAGACCGUCACGCUGCUGGACUACAUCCAGGCCGAGCAGCCGCCCGCUCUGAUGGAGGCCGGGGAGAUGCAGGAGAGCCAGGUCCACCUGGAGGAGGCCAUGGCAGCGCACGAGGAGGAGGAGGAGGAGGAGGAGGAAGGAGACGCCUUGAAGCCGGCGGCGUUUCAGCCUCUGAAGCAGAGCAAGAGGCUCCAGAUGAAGAUCAAGUCCCUGAAAGAGAAGAAGGAGCUGCUGACGGCGAAGCGGCAGAGGAAGAAAUACCCCAACAACAAGACGUGUCCGGUGUGCAGCAAGACCUUCCUGCGAGCCGCCGCCAUGCGGCGCCACCAGGAGAUCCACGACUCCAACCGGGACCUCAAGUACAAGUGCGAGAGCUGCGACAAGCGCUUCAGGGACCACUACGACAUGAACCGGCACAGCAUGCGCGUGCACGAGAAGGGCGAGGCGUGCGGCCUCGCCAAGGAGGAGGAGUCCGACGCCGCCUUCCCGGAGCUGCCCGAGGACAAGACGUGCUCGCUGUGCGGGAAGUACUUCGCCCGGCAGGUGGACAUGGAGCGGCACAUGAAGUCGCACUCGGAGGAGCGGCCGUACAAGUGCUGCUUCUGCCAGAAGAAGUUCAAGAACCCGUACGUCCUGAAGAGGCACCAGAAGGACAUCUGCAAGAGCCGGGAGGCGAGGAGGCCGAGGCGGCGGGAGGCGCAGCGGUCCGACCCGCCGCCGCCGCCGCCGCAGCAGCAGCCGCCGCCCGCCGACGUCCCGCCGGACGGGAAGAUCUGCCCCGUCUGCAACAGGAUGCUCCUCUGCACCGCCGACAUCGCCAAGCACCUGCGCUCGCACUCCGAGGAGCGGCCCUUCAUCUGCGUCACCUGCGAGAAGGGCUUCAAGUACAAGGACACGCUGAAGAAGCACCAGAUCAUCCACGGCCACGAGGGCGUCCGCGAGGAGCAGAGGAAGUCCGUGGAGCAGAUCCUGGCCGAGGCCGGAGACGCUCCCGACCCGGACCGGCCGGACGGGGAUCCGGACGCGCUCGCCGAGACUUCCGAGGCGGCGGCGCUGGCGGCGCUCAGGAAGACCACCAAGGUGUGCCCGGUGUGCUCCAGGGCGUUCGACAGCGUGAAGACCCUGAACAGACACAUCCAGUGUCACACGGACGACCGGCCCUACCACUGCGUGCACUGCAAGAAGCGCUUCAAGCACGUGCACGGCCUGAAGAGGCACCAGGUCUACGCCAUCUGCCACAAGAAGACCACCCGCUACUUCUGGAGGAAGGAGCUGCGGGGCGGCGGCGGCGGCGGGGGGGCGCCGCCGCCCAGCGAGCCGGCCGAUGGCCAGCAGCAGCAGCAGGCGGCGCCGCUCAAGAUCCCGGUGUGGUGCUCCAACUGCGGCAAGCACUUCGAGUACCCCGAGGCGCUGAAGGAGCACCAGGAGGACGUCUGCCGCCUGGAGGUGCGCGAGGUCAUGAAGUGCGACGACUGCGGCAAGGAGUUCAAGAGCGUCACCAUGCUGAAGGUGCACCAGCGCAUCCACGACCCGCUCUACUGCAAGGAGUGCGGCAAGAUCCUGGCCAACCAGGCCGCCUUCGACCGCCACAAGCUCAUGCACCGGCCCAUGCAGUGCACCAUGUGCGACAAGAGCUUCACGCUGCUGCGCCGCCUGCGGGAGCACUACGAGAAGCAGCACGACUUCGUGGGGCCCUUCCCCUGCGCGCAGUGCGACAAGACCUUCAUCCAGCUGUCCUACCUGGCCAUCCACCAGCGCAUCCACAAGGGCGAGUUCCCCUACGCCUGCGACCUCUGCCCCGAGAAGUUCCGCUCCUCCAACUGCCUGACGGUGCACCAGCGGAAGCACACGGGCGAGAAGCCCUUCCUGUGCUGGCAGUGCGGCAAGUGCUACCGCUCGGCGUCCGAGCUCACCGUGCACAUGGGCACGCACUCGGAGGAGCGGCCGUGGGCGUGCACGCAGUGCGACCUGGCCUACCGCACCAAGCUGCAGCUCACCAACCACGUGGAGCAGGUGCACAUCGGCGUGCGCUACCCGUGCACCAGCUGCGGCAAGCAGUUCAUGAAGGAGACGUCGCUGAAGCGGCACGAGCUCAUCCACACCGGCGAGCGGCCGCACCAGUGCACCGUCUGCGGCAAGACCUUCCUCACCGCCAACGAGCUGCGGCUGCACACGCGCUACCACACCGGCGAGCGGCCGUACAAGUGCGAGGUGUGCGGCAAGGCCUUCAUCCAGUCGGGCUACCUCAAGUCGCACAUGCGCAUCCACACCGGGGAGAAGCCCUUCAAGUGCGACGUCUGCGACAAGGGCUUCCGCCUGUCCUACCACAUGAAGAAGCACCGGCGGACGCACGCCGGCAAGCCCAAGAGCUUCGCCUGCGAGGAGUGCGGCGCCGCCUUCCUGCAGAAGAAGUCGCUGUGGGAGCACGCGCUCACGCACGACGUGAAAAUGGAAACGUCCGCCUUCGCGAACGAAGUCCGGAUCGAGUUCCAGUAGGACGUCUCUCCCUACCGUCGCGCGUUUCAGUCGCCGCGUUACGUGUGAUUCACGUUGUCUGGACCUGGAAUGUAUUAAAUUCAUUUUAUAAGUUGGAUGUCAAAUAAAAAAAAAAAUGAA